UUCCAGCUACUAUGGAUACAUGCAUUUAAAAUAAAUUUAUUAUUUUUGCAAUAUGUCACAGCUAAGUGAUUAUAGUUUUGUCGUCAGUAAUGACCCCAAAAUGGCUGACCAAUUCACUGAACAGCAAGUAGAAGAGUUUAAGCAAAAAUUUAACCUUUUCGACAAAGAUCAUGAUGGUUUGAUCCCAACUAAAGAUUUGGGUACCUUAAUUCGAUCAUUAGGACAGAAUCCUACAGAAGGGGAAUUAAACGAUCUCAUUAGUGAAAUUGAUAGAAAGGACGAAAAAAUCGAUUUUCCAGAAUUUUUAACCUUACUAGCAAUGCAGAUGAAAAAUGCUGGAGACGAGGAAGAAUUGAGGGAAGCUUUCAGGAUUUUUGACAAAGACGGAAAUGGAUAUAUUUCUUUGGAGGACUUGCGGCAUAUUAUGACAACUUUAGGAGAGAAAAUGUCAAUGAGAGAGGUCAAUGAAAUGAUGAAAGAAAUGGAGGUCAACGCCGAAGGUCAAAUCAAUUACGAAGAGUUUGUUACUAUCAUGUGGUCCAGAUAAUAUUUAUUUUUAUAUACUUAUAUAACAUACAUUUACAUGUGAUUAUUUGUUUUAUUUGU